AUGACUUCAAUUCUCUCUUGGUUCCGACGGCUAUAUUCUCUGGAUACAUUGGAUACUCGUUUCAUUGUCUCGUCAAAUACUCCGCUGAAGGCCGUCGCUGCUGACACGCGAUCUGCUCCCGCCAAAGAUGCCCGCGCAAAUGCAAUUGCCAGCAAUGCUGCUCCUUCUAAGUGGCGCACGCCUGAGUUCUGGGUAUACUAUGUCAUCUUUCUCAUCGCGGUACCGUUGAUGUUCAAAACGGUUAUCGAAGUGUCACAGGAGAGUCAUCCGACCUAUCCAACAUACUCUCAUUUACUGUCCCCUGGCUGGAUAGUUGGGCGCAAAGUGGACAAUUCGGAUGCGCAGUAUUCCAGCUUCCGUGAUAACAUUCCCUACCUGCUCGCGCUUUUGGUUGCCCACCCACUGCUCCGUCGUGUCUACGAACGUCUU